AUGUCGCUGGAAGAAUGUCACCACGGCCUCAGGUGCCAGUUCCUGUUCACCGAAAACUGCUGGCAUUACCACCCCCAAGCGCACGUUGACGAGAUGUACCGGAAGCGGGCCGAGCGGGUGGCCGAGAUGGAAAGCGGCCUGGAGGUGCUCGAGGAGAUGGACCUGCAAGCCAUGUUGGCCUGGGGAACUAAGGGGGGACAUGAGGGAGGACAAGGUGAUGGACGGGUAGGUAUCACGCGGGUGCGGGAGCUGGCGAGUUUCAACAAGGUUGCGGAUGGGGUUAUCGCUGUGCCGGGACUUCCCCCCCGACUCAACCCCGUUAUUAGUCCCCUCUGGAUCCCCAGAGACUGCGACAACCCUGCGCUGCGCACGCGCUACCCGCAGUACACCCACCACUUCGAGCCCCUGCUGCGCGCCGUCGAGGCCAUGCCGCGGGCCGUCCAUGACCUGUCCAAGUCAUCCCUCUCGAACAAUCCGAUGAUGCCCAGCGGCGAGAACAUGCUCAAGACGGCCGACAUUAUCAGCAACGCCAACAACCUGCGCCGGCUGUUUCACUACGUGUGCAACACCGCCUGGGCUGCCGACCGCUUCGAGGCCGAGGUUCGUGGCACCACGCUGCUGCUGUCACGCUGGAACGACGACCCGGAUCUGCUGGUAAGCUUUGGUCGCGGCGUUGGCUUCGAGCGGGCCACCUGCCGAUACACGGACGAUGUGGACGAUGUGAUCCGCGAGAGCGCCAGCCACCAUCGUGUGUGUUCGUACAACCUGGGCGGCUUGCAGAUGGUGGUGCAGAGCGAGGUGGAUGCGUAUUUCUGCGAGUGUGACCAUCAACAACAGACCGCAAAACAAACCGACGAGAUUCUUUCGGUUACCCCUGAACCGGUUACCCCUGAACCCGAUGUUCUAAAACACACCGUCACCCGCACCCGUACCCGUACCCGUACCCGCACCCGAACCGAACCGCUUCCCGUGCCGCACAAAAAGGGCAUAACUGCACCCUCCCGCCAGCGCCAGCGUCUCCCGUCCUUUACGGCCCUGACCCUCGACGACCCGGGCGAUGCUCCGCCCUUUACACCCAUUUCCACCCCUUCACAUAGGGUGACCCGCCCCAGUUCAACCAUCACCGUCCACCACAUUCCCGGUCCCGGUCCUGCUCCCCGUUCUUCUCUCUCCAGAACCCACGGAAGCGCCCUGCCGACGGCCAAGUGCCUAGUGGAAAUCAAAACCCACAACGGCCGCACGUCGCAGCGAUCCACAGCCGAGGAACAACUGUAUUUCGCCUGUCGAUCGCAGCUGUACAGCGCGGCACACGAUGACGGUGUGUUUUCGCCGUCGUCUUUGGUUUCACAAUCAUCUGGACGACGGGUUAGCAACUCUUCUUUUGCGUCUGCUUCUGCUUCUUCUUUUGGGACUUCUUCGUUUGGUUCCUCACCGCCGAAACCGGGACGGUACACACCGCCUCAUCUGCGGUCGCCGUCUUCUUCGCCUCCGAAGAGUUGGUCGUCCUACGGACGGCGUAAUACCGUUUCUCCUUCUUCCUCGUCUACAUUAUCCACUUCGCCCUCGUCAGCUGCAGUCUCACCGCCUUCAUCGCCAUCUUCCCCUUGUUCGGUAUCUUCACCGGAUACAGGCCCACAUCCCGGCCCACAGGACAUGACACACCUCAUGCACCGGUUUGAAUCCGAAAACGAGAAAGCGCUUAGGCAGCUGGUGAUCUUGUUGCGGAUGAUCCGGGAGAAGGUCAUGGCAGUAAGCGAUGAGGAAGACGGGAGGAGGGUGAGGGUGAGUUUGGUGUUGGAGUCGAGGACGGAAAAGGGAGCGAGUAUCAAGGUGUUUCGGGGGGCAGAGGGGGAGAGUGGGUUGUGGCCUUGA